AUGGAAAUGUAUGUAGACGACAUAGUAGUUUUUGGUCAAACAAGCGAUGAAUGCCUUACAAAUGUGCGAAAAGUGUUGCAAACAGCAGAACCUUACGGCUUGCAAAUUAAAUGGGCUAAGUCUAGGCCACUAACGCAGUUAUUGAAAAAAGAUGCAGCAUUUGUAAUGGGUGUCACAGAACAGCAAGCAGUACAGAAGUUGAAGGCAGCACUUACUCAAGACCCCGUUUUAAAGAUUUUCAAACAAAACGGAAAAACUCAACUUCAUGUCGAUGCAUCAAAGCAUGGCUUUGGGGCAACAUUGGUGCAGCAGCAUGAGAGCAAGUGGCAUCCGGUGUUUUACUGGAGCCGAAAGACGUCACCACAAGAAGGAAAACUUCACAGCUACUUUCUGGAAGUGAAGGCAGCAUAUCUAGCGACGAAACGUCUUCGUCAUUAUUUGAUGGGUAUACGGUUCGACGUAAUAACAGAUUGCGCAGCGUUUAAGCAGACAGCUGCCAAAAAAGAUGUGCCACGUGAAGUAGUUCAGUGGCUCAUGUACUUACAAGAUUUUGAUUUUAAUAUUGAGCAUCGUUCAGCAGAUAGAAUGAAACACGUAGAUACCGUAAGCCGCUAUCCGGUUAUGGUAAUCGAGUCACACAUAAAAGCAAAAAUUCGUAAAGCGCAGCAAAAUGAUGAACAUCUGAAGGCAGUAACUGUAGUUCUCGAACAGAAACCUUACGCUGACUAUGUUUUGAAAAACGGAGUUUUAUUUAAACAAUUAAAGGGCCUAGAACUGCUCGUUGCACCACGAAAUUUCUGCAAGGUAAAUAAAAUCGAGCAUAUUGCAAUAACAACGGGUGUCCCGAGAGGCAACGGACAAAUUGAACGCGUCAAUAGGUUGGCAAAAUUGUCAGCUAAUAAUUCAGCCAAAUGGUAUAACUAUACAGCGAUGGUGCAAAAAGCGAUUAACGCACAUGUUCAUACAACAACAAAAUUUACACCUUACGAAAUUAUGUUUGGUGUAAAAAUGAGAAACGAAAUGUCUGCCGAUAUAAUUAAGUUGCUCCAAGAUGAAAUGUUGGUCGCAUUCCAAGGGGAUCGCAGCAAACUAAGAGAGGAGGCUCGAAUCAAUAUCCAAGCCGUCCAAGAAGUGUAUAAACGAAAUUUCGACAGGAGGCGUAAAAGUAGUCAGGGAUAUCAAAAGGCGGAUUUGGUGGCGAUAAAAGUAACACAGUUUUCAGAUAAAAAGUUGGGGAACAAGUUCAUCGGGCCUUAUAGCGUGGUCAAAGAUAAAGGUAAUGGGCGGUACGAGGUUGAAAAAGCAGCCGAUUUCGCUGGGCCGCACCUUACUUCUACCAGCGUCGACAAUAUGAAGCUUUGGGCGCAUUAUGCAGCUGAGAACGACGGGUCAUCUGGGACAGAUGACGAACAGGAUGACCGAAUGUGA